CCUGCAAGGAGCACAUCCCCAGGUACAUCAACUUUUUGCCUGCUGCAGAGAUGGUGCAAGCAACUCCCUUCCUCCUCGUGCUCUUCCUGGCCCUGGGGGCUCACGGCCUCUCUGUGAAAAAGUGCUCCCUGACUGGGCACUGGGUCAAUGACCUGGGCUCCAACAUGACCAUCGAGGCAGUGAACUCAAAAGGUGACUUCAGCGGCACCUACCACACUGCUGUGACAGCCACCACAAACGAGAUCAAGGUGUCACCACUGCAGGGAUCCAUGCAGAAGGGCCCUAACCAGAAGGGCCAGCCUACCUUCGGCUUCACUGUAAACUGGAGCUUUUCAGACUCCAUCACUGUUUUCACUGGUCAGUGCUUUGUGGAUAAUGAUGGAAAGGAGGUUUUGAGGACCAUGUGGCUCCUGAGAUCACGUGUGGAGAGCAUCAAUAGUGACUGGAAAGCCACCAGGGUCGGCACCAACGUCUUCACCCGCCUGUAGCUCCAGGAGUGAAGGCAGCAUCAGGAGGGCUUGUUCCUAGUCCAGCUGCAGUGCCAUGGCUGUGGCCCUGAAGCACCACCUGUUUCUCCCAAUAAAGAUUUGCGGCAAAUA